UAGUUAAUUGGGCUUCCCAUAUCGGCCUUAGACACGAAGUCGCGCUAGUUAGCUUUCUCUGAUUCUCUUCAUCUUCUUCCGUCAGGCUUUCCGGCGACACAGCUUGAAAGAAAGAGCACUACUCAUCACCGGAACGAUUGAGAUUCCCCUGAUUCUGGUAUUUUUAGAAAUGGCGUUAAGGCAGAAGUUAGGAUGGUCAGAGGGAGAUCUAAUGAGAUCAGAUGCUAAGCCAUGUUCAAGACUGAUGCGACAAACUGCUGCCAUUUUCACUGUUGGUGGAGCUAUUGGUUUCUGGGUUCUCUGCAGACUUCACUAUGGUCCUAGGAUCACAGUGCCAAGGAGUCUACGGUGGGCGGGGUGCGGUGCUGUGUCUGUGAGCACAUCAACUGCGAUGCUUGUCCGUCUCUUCAGCCCUGAAUGUGAACCACAAAACAUUGCUGCCUAUGAUCAUAUCAAAACCCCUCAAGCUUCACUCCCUUAAACCAUCAGUUUCUUGCUUUAUCUAUGAUGUGUAUGGAUCUCAUCUUUUGUACAUUACGUUGCAAUACAUGAAUUGCCACUCUUUUUUCCCAUUAGAAAUAAUAGUGUGCAUUUUUCAAUGUCGACACUUUCAAUAUCCAAUGUUCCUUUAUUUUCUGGUGUUUGAUGAUGACUGUAGCAUAAUUGGAUACUCUUCUAUUUCCAUGUAGUCUUCAACUUUAUAAAGCUUUUGUUGUCAAGGGAAGA